AUGAAAGUUGCACCCAGUAAGUUGCGUGAGGUCAUGCGUGCAAACGAGGUCGAUUCGUUGCGAGACACGCUCGGAGGUGGCCAGGUCCUCAGCGGACCACGGAGUAGUCGAAGUGCUCGAACUGUAUCAGCUACUGCCACUAGUCAACCACGGACGCCCACUGGAAGGACAGCGGCUAGUAAGUCCAAGUAUGCUGAGUUGCAGGAGAGUGACGAGGAAGACGACGUGGGAGAAGAGGAUACGACCAUGAACGAUUUUGAUGAGAUCGGUGCUGAAGCCGAAGGUGAUACUGACGACCAAGAAGACGAUGAGGAGGAGGAGGAGGAAGACGACGACGGCGACGUGGAUAUGGAUGACGGUCCUGCCCCAGCCCCUGCCCCUCUACCUCACCCAACCAAGAAGAACACAAAUUUACCCCGGCCACCAAAGAUCACCCUCAAAACUCCUGCCAAGAAAGGAACUGCAACCACCAAACAAGCCCUCAAGCCAUCGGUCAUUGUCACGCCGACGGAUGUCGGUCCGGUCCGGUCUGUAGAAGACCAGGAGAUAGCUGAGGAUGAAGAUGAUGAUAGAGAGGAUCUUGAAGACUCUGAGAUGCCAGAAGACGAGGAAGUCGAAGAAGAGCUUGACAAUACCAACGUCACUGGUGAAGAUCUGGACGACGCAACCAAUCUCGACAUUGAUGACGACGACGACGAUCUUUCAGACAGCCUAUCUGACGACGAGUCUGGUACUCACGAUCCUGCCAAACUGACAGCUCGUCAAAGACGUCAUGGUGAACAAGAAUUGAUGAGUCUCGAUAUGGCUCCUCAGCAGAGGAAGUUCUUCACCGACGCAGAAAAAGCAAUGAAGAAAGACGAACACGCGAGAAAACGUAAAGAGUUGACGAAGCGAAAGACGCAGGAAGAAAAGACUGCUGCUCUGAACAGACUGCUUAAACCCCAAGUUUCCAAAUCUCGCGGCGCAGCUCCAAAAGCCGAGACUCUGGCCGCUCAAAUGGCCGCUGCUGGAGUCGGUCUCGGUGCUGGAGAAGAAGACACUCUCCCUGAGCAGAAAGCUGACCCGCUGUAUACGCGAUGGGUAAGUAACAAGGACGGAGUGCGGCUUGGAGUUCCUGAGGAAUGGCUUGGAAAGAAGGUAGGAACUUAUUUCGGUCCGCCUCUGCCAGCUGGGAGGAUGGUCAUGGAAGUCGAAUAG